AUGCGCUCAAAGCCUCAUCUCAUGCGCUGCACAACGCAGAUCCCCUCCUUGGUAGGCGCCGCUGCAGCGCGCUCGAUCGGCCAAGGCGGCGCGGGCGAGCCACGCGAACGGCCUCUUCAUCGAAAGCCAAAUCCGCCUCCGGUGAGUUUGCUGAUGACGUUGGCCACAGGCGAUGAAGGCUCCGCAGGAGAGGCGAAAGCAACCUUCGAGUUCACAGAUCCCUCUGGCAAGCUCGCUUCCCCUCACGCCCCGCUGAAUUCUUGGCUUUCGCUUAACGCACCCCGGUCGUCAGAACCGAUAUCUUGCCCCGAGAGCUUCAAUGCUGUCUAUGCGGACAUGCACGAUGGUGACAAAAAGGCUGUGGACAUCAAUGCGGGCAAGAUGACCAUCAAACCCAGCGGCAACACUCAGACCUGGGCUGCAAGGCGGCACGCAUCUCCGGCGUCAGGUCGGCCUGAAUGGCAGCAGUCGAGCGUCAAAGACAAAGGCAAGAAAUACAGGCAGCACCGAAGCGAACGCAAGAGGUGA